AUGCCCUCCGACGUUGAGAAGGCUCCCGUCAGCCCCAGUGAAAAGCCGCAAGAGGAGGAGACGCGGAAAAUUACUGGCGUACGCUGGUUCAUCUUCGUUGUCAGCACCUUAACCAGCAUCUUCGUUUACUCUCUGGACAACACCAUCGUCGCCAACAUUGUGCCGGCCAUUGUCAAUGACCUCAACAGCAUAGGGGAACUUCCCUGGCUGUCUGUUGGGUUCAUGAUCGGCGGUAUGGCCACUGUCUUGCCAUAUGGAAAGCUGUACACCAUCUACGACUCCAAGUGGAUCUACAUCGUCUGCACCAUCAUCUUUCUAGCGGCCUCUGCACUUUGCGGUGCUGCUCCCAACAUGGACGCUGAAAUCGUCGGCCGCGUGUUCGCCGGUGCCGGCGGUAACGGAAUGUACUACGGUCUGUUGGCACUGCUCUCCAUUCACACGACGCCCAAGGAGCGGCCUCGCUAUCUCAGCUUCACCGGUCUGGUUUGGGGCCUCGGAACUGUUCUUGGACCUUGCGUCGGCGGUGGCUUCGUUCUGUGGGACUGGCGCUGGGGUUUCUACAUCAACUUGCUCUUCGGUGCCAUUCUCGUCCCCACAUAUUUCUUCGUCAUCCCUUCGGCCGACCCGCAUCCUGACAAGACUCUGAAGGAGAAGUUCAUGAUGUUCGAUUGGGCUGGUGCGAUCCUGAGUAUUGGAGCCAUGGUCACCAUCGUCAUGGCGAUCAAUCUCGGCGGCGUACUGUUUGAAUGGAACAGUGGCUCCGAGAUUGCGCUAUUCGUGGUUUCUGGUGUACUUUGGAUUGCGUUUAUUCUGCAGCAAGGCUUCUGCAUCUUCACGACUCGCGAGAAGCGCCUGUUCCCUGCGCACCUGCUCAAGCAGAAAAUGCCGAUCCUCCUGUUUGUCGCCUGCUCAUCCGUCGCCUCGGUAGCCUACGUCUCGGUCUACUACAUUCCCCUCUAUUUCCAGUUCACCCGCGGAGACACGGCCAUCUAUACCGCUGUUCGGAUGCUACCGUUCAUCUUGCUGCUCAUCACCGGUAUCCAGCUGAGCGGUAUCUUGAUGUCCCGGUGGGGCUGGUACAAGCCUUGGUACGUGGUUGGCAGCCUUUCUGCCCUCAUUUCCGGUACCCUCAUGGCACACUAUGUCGAUCUCCACACGCCGGUCGGGAUCUUCUACGUCAUCUCAGCGUUCCUCGGCGCAGGCGCCGGCGCGUACACACAAUCUUCAUUCGCUGUCAUCCAAUCUGCCCUUCCUGCAUCUGAAGGCCCCAACGGGCUUGCCCUCAUGCUCAUCGCUCAACUGAGCGGAAUGGCAUUGGGUCUGUCUAUCAGCGGCGCAGUAUACGUCAACACGGCCGAGAGUUCGCUCUACAAGGCACUUCCGUCAAUACCACGGGAUCAGAUCGACAUGCUUGUCGCUGGUGCAAGCAACGGUCUGCUCGGUACACUGCCUGAGAAGAUGCGGAAUCUCGCUUUGGAGGCCAUUGUGGCUUCCUGGCAGAAGACCUUCAUUGUGGUUUACGCAGGCGCCGCAGCCAGCUUGGCAGUUGCGAUCUUCCUAAAGAAUGGUAAAGCGAAUGUCGUCGCCGCGGGCGGAGCAUAA